AAGAAGUGUCACGUGAUCCACGCUCCAUUCUCGCCAUUUUGAGCACAGCGUGAGAAAAAAAGUAAGAUACUUUUUUUUUUUUACUGCCUGAGAGUAAAACCUGCGAAUCACGAGCGCCGGGGGCCAAAGAUCACUCAGAGUUGCUGCAUCAGUAUGGAGGAUAGCAGUGGUGUUGCCAUCCUAGUCCCUUGUUCCAGGGAUCAUCAGGAUGUCUUCACCCCUGAUUCAUACAUUCAUGAUGUGGCAGAAGAGCAGGAGCAGCACAAGCAGGCUGCAGAUUCUCUCAUCCAGGUGAUCGAGAAGCUGAGUAAGAUAGUGGAGAAAAGGCCAAGGCGAUGCACUCUUUCUGGGAAGAAGCGUCCUUCCAUGACCUGCGCCUCAGUAAUGGUGGCGGAUAGCAGAGAAGGCAGCGGCGGGGUUUCACCAUCUAAAAGAACCAGGGAGUAUGGAGAAGACUGCCAGGAUCUCGCUUGUGCACCGGUGCCGAUCACAAAGCAGGAACCGAUUAACAGAAGUGCCCCCAUGGUUGCCUGUUACCAGUGCAGCCUAUGUCGCUUUAUUUCUCCCACACUGAAUGCUUUGAAAGAGCACAUGAAGCAGCAUGAUGAGCAGCACAAUGACCUUAUUCUCAUGUGCUCAGAGUGUUGCUUUACUUCCAACCAUCAGGAGGAGCUGGAGGCACAUAUCAGGCAUCACUAUGAGGAGGGUGACAGCACCAAGAGAUCUUCUGCAGAUCAGCAGACUGGAUCAGUAAAAGGAAAUCUGCAGGGUAGGAUGGGAUACUCCACCAUGAAAUCUGAGCCUGAAUCAGAGAAAACGCCAGGAACCCCCAAGAAGUGGUACAGAUACGAGCAAGGUCGGUAUCACUGCUUGAUUUGCAGUUAUGAAUGUGGGCAGCAGCGCAAUUUGAAAACGCAUGCAUGGAAACAUGCUGGCUUGGUCGAUUGCUCAUAUCCUAUAUUCGAAGAUGAUGCUGAUCAGAAUGAGGCUCACCCUUUAUAUACCCUAAGCAGCAACCCAUCUUUAGAGCAGUGUAAAAAGCAGGAGGCUGUUGUGGUUCUCGCACCUGUUGGAGAACAAGCUCAGAUUCUACGCAAUGCUUCUUCCAUUCAGCUAGAAUUGUGUGCAUCAGCAAGUGUGAAAUGCAAGGGUGAUAUGGAAUCAGAGAGAGUGGAGGAACUUAAAAACCCCAUGCAGAGUGUUUUCUCUGUCGAAGGAGCUCCGUCUGAGGAGCCCCCAGGAGAGGUUCAAGUGACUCCUGAGGCACAAAUGGAGCUGGAGUUGGAGACGGAAAACCAGCAGACGAACACUGACAGCUUGUUGUCUUCAGUACAGAAGAUCAUCAGCUCCACUGGUAACAGUGCCGGCCAUGUCAACGUCAUUGUGGAGAGGCUGCCCUGCCCCGAAGAACCUGUAGCCAGCAAACCUCUGCUCCUCAGCCCAGAGGUGUCUGGAUUACUAGCUUCCCAGGAAGUGGGAAUUGAGAGCCAAUCUCGCCCCUUGUACUGUGAGGAGCAGGUUGUGAUUGACUGGGAUGACAGCGAUGAGCAUCAGGAAAUGGAGAGUCAGGAGAUUGAUCCACCUCCAGAGGACAUAUUGCCUCCAGCUCGUAGAAGGACACACUCUGAGUGCUUGCGGUUGCACUCUUUGGCAGCUGAAGCCCUUGUGGCUAUGCCAUUGAGAGCUCCAGAGCUUAGCAAGUCCACUGUUAAGGGUACUUCGAGUGUGAUCUCUGACACAGGCCAGAAAAUACUUGAUUUGUCUGCUGCUUCUGCUGUAUCCAAUGCAAAGGUACCUUCAGCAGAGCUGGUAGCUGGGAUGCAAGGGUCAACAACGCUUUUGAACCUCAGCCAGGGUUCCAGGGAAGAAUUAAUGUUGGAAGGACCUUCAAAAGCUGGGAUCAGCAUGUCUUUACUGACUGUCAUUGAACGACUGCGAGAAAGGUCAGAUCAGAAUGCCUCCGAUGAAGACAUUCUAAGGGAGCUACAGGACAAUUCGCAGAUUCUGAAUGGCAGUAUGGCUACAGGAGAGGUGGAUGUGGCGGGCGAUUCGUCCACCACAGAAGCCGAUCUGGUGGAGUACGUUGCAGGGAGUGACAGACCCUACCGCUGCCGUCUCUGCCUUUACAGCAGUGGAAACAAGGGCUAUGUGAAGCAGCACCUCCGUGUUCACAGGCAGAGGCAGCCUUACCAAUGCCCAAUUUGCGAGCAUGUUGCCUUGGACAGCAAGGAUCUGGAGAGCCAUAUGAUCCACCACCGCAAGAGCCGCAUGUACCAGUGCAAGCACUGCACCGAGAUUUUCCACUAUAAGAGUCAGCUGAGAAACCACGAGAGAGAGCAACACGGGAUAAGCGACGCCGCAGUGGCCCUCACGCCUGUUGGCGAAAGCAAAGCGAACAUAGACGAGUCUGAGAAGAUGACUGAAGAGGAUUGUGUCAGCGAGCAUAAAGUGUAUAAAUGCGAUAUGUGUGAUUAUACCAGCUCUACCUACGUCGGAGUGCGGAAUCAUCGCAGGAUUCACAGCUCCGACAAGCCCUACAGGUGCUGCAGCUGCGACUUCGCCACCACCAACAUGAACAGCCUGAAGAGCCACAUGAAGAGACACCCACAGGAGCACCAGGCUGUGCAGCUGCUUGAGCAGUACAGGUGCUCCCUCUGUGGAUACGUGUGCAGUCAUCCUCCAUCCCUCAAGUCCCACAUGUGGAAACAUGCUGGGGAUCAGAACUAUAACUACGAACAAGUGAACAGGGCCAUCAACGAGGCCAUGUCUCAAAGCAGCCGGUCUCCAGUCGUGCCUUCAAAGUCAGGCCCGGAUCCAUCUGUAGACCGUCCAUACAUCAUCCUGAACCAGAAGGAGAAAACAUCGCCUCCUUCAGCCCAGAGAGCGCUGGUGAGGAAAGGAGGCACCGGGGUUCCACCAUCAGGCCUGGAAUACUGCGUGCUGCUCUUCUGCUGCCCAGUCUGCAGCUUCGAGUCCACCAGUAAAGAACAGCUGAUGGAGCACAUGAAGGAGCACGACUUCAUCAGCAUCAUACUGAGCAAAGAGCAGCAGGGAAGCCAGGCUUCUGAGGCCGGCACAGCGCAGUGAGGGAAAACAGUCCACACACAUACAAAAUCUCUUAAUAUUAGAGCCAGUAUCUUUUUUUUUUUUUUUUGCACAUUUUCUUUUCUUGAUUGCUUUUGAUACACUGCUUUACAGAAACUCUGUACUUUUAUUCUACCCUCUUUUUCUCAGUGUCAUUAAGGUUUGUUCGAGUAGAAUUCAGGAUCCGAACGUUUCCUCCGAAACGUUAUCAGUAAAAAUUUAACCAAGGAAACAUUCAAUAUCAUAGCGUAAUAUAGGUGAAUAUUUUUUGAUUGAACGGCAUUUCAUACCUCAUGAAGUCACUUUUCUACACGGUAUAAAUGAAGAUCAUUACGGUUAAUCAUCCAUAGGGCAGCUUCUUCUACCUUCUACUUCAUUGUAAUAUUAUUUAUCAGUAUUGUUUUUAUAGUCUUCACGGUAAGGGAAGAAAAGGAAAAGGUUAAGUUUAACGUCCUUGUCGUUUGUCAAUGUCUGUGUUUAAUAUUUAUCACGCUAAUUUAUAUCUUUUGCAUGUACCCUUCCGUCGCGCUCACAGAAAACGAGCGGAUCGUCACGAAGCCGUUCUUUUUCCGGUGCUAUUGACGCUCUCUUUGGAGCUAACAAAGCGUCAUUUCAGGAAUGUAUCUUAAACCUACAGACAAGCCAGUGUGUGGAAGUGUGUGUUUAUCUGCUUGUAUUAUUUAAAUACACAGUCAGGAGACAUUCUAAUGGUCACUGGUCCAAAAAGAAAUCAGGUAAUAAAAACUCCAUCCAAAGCGAAUAUUGCAGCGAAAGCCAAGUACAAUGU